CCUUGCACUUUUCCCCAACAAAGAAACUUAACAUAACAUUAACAAAUAAGAGAAUGGAAUCCGCCUCACAAAAGCCCACUCACCCAUUCACAAACUAAAUUCAUUCAUGGAACAGGGCACCUUGACGGGGAUCUUGAUGAACCGGCGCUGCCCCAGCAGCUUCCGAAGCUGCUUAAACCCGCGAUGAGUUCGCUGGGAAGGCGUCAGUAGCCCGAGGAAUCUCUCAGAGCAAACAUGGUACUUGGACUGCUUCUGUUGGUGGUCAUCGUGUUGGCCACCCUCUGCUUCCUGCUGCAGCAGCACUAUGCCUACUGGCGGCGUCGAGGAGUGCGCGAGCUGCGACCCCACUGGAUAGUGGGCAACCUGGCGGGACUGCUGAGCAUGAGGGACAGUCCGGCGGACUUUAUGGGACAGCUCUACAAUCAUCCGGAUGCUGUGAACGAGCCCUUUGUGGGCAUACACGUCUUCCACCGGCCGGCGCUGCUGGUGCGCGAUCCCGAUCUGAUCAAGCGGAUCAUGAUCAAGGACUUUGGCAAGUUCUCCAACAGAUACUCGAACUCUGACUACAAGGGCGAUCCGUUGGGAUCGCAAAACAUAUUCUUCCUGAAGAAUCCGGCCUGGAAGGAGGUGCGCUUCAAGCUGUCGCCCUUCUUUACCAGCAACAAGCUGAAGAACAUGUUUCCCCUCAUCGCAGAGGUGGGCUCCAAUCUGGACGCCCAUCUCCGGGAGCAGCCGCUGCACAACGAGCGGACCCGCUGCUUCGACCUGGAAGCCAAGGAGCUGUGUGCCCUCUUCACCACGGACGUGAUUGCCACGGUGGCCUACGGGGUCCAGGCCAAUAGCUUCACUCAGCCGAAUGGUGAGUUCCGCCGGCACGGCCGAUCGGUCUUCGAGUUUAGCCUGAAGCGGGCGGCGGAGUUUACGCUGGUCUUCUUCCUGCCGCAUCUGGUGCCGCUCUUUGGCUUCAAGGUGGUGCCGGCCGGGGCCACGCGGUUCCUGCGCAACACCAUCAACUAUGUGAUGGCGGAGCGCGAACGGACCCAGCAGACGCGCAACGAUCUCAUCGACAUCCUCAUCGAGUUCCGGCGCAGCACACAACAGGCCAAGGCGUCUGGGGAUCACGGCCAGUUUGUGUUCGAGGGCGACAUCCUAGUGGCACAGGCGGUGCUCUUCUUUACCGCCGGCUUCGAGUCCUCCUCCUCCACGAUGGCCUUUGCCAUGUACGAGCUGGCCAAGGAUGCCGACAUCCAGCAGCGUCUGAGGCAUGAGAUCAAGGAGGCUCUGCUGGCCAGCGGGGGACAGGUGACCCUUCAGCUAAUCGAUUCCCUUGAGUAUAUGCAUAUGAUACUGCUGGAGGUGCUGCGCAUGUAUCCCCCGCUGCCGUUCCUGGACCGAGAGUGCACGGCCGAGGACGAGGGCUACUCCCUGUCGCCGUUCCACGAGUUUCGUGUGCCCAAGGGAAUGCCCAUCUACAUACCCUGCUAUGCCCUGCACAUGGAUCCCCAGUACUUUCCACAGCCACGGAAGUUCCAGCCGGAGCGCUUCUCCCCCCGCAAUCGAAAACUGCAGACGCCCUACACGUACAUGCCCUUUGGCCUGGGUCCGCAUGGCUGCAUCGGCGAGCGAUUUGGACUGCUGCAGGCAAAGGUGGGGCUGGUGAAUCUUCUGCGCAAUCAUCAGGUGACCACAUCGGAGCGCACUCCGCGGCGCAUGAGGCUUGAUCCCAAGGCCAUAAUACUGCAGGCCCAGGGCGGCAUACACUUGAGGCUUGUGCGCAAUCCUUUGGGUAUCUGAUAUAUGCACAUAGAUGACUCACCUAGCUUUGGGACUCGUUCGGAGCAAUGCAGCCAACAGCAACUGAAUGUGAACUAAGUCCGAGAUUCGCGUGUUCUGCCAUUUAAAAUUGAACUGGGUAGACGGCCGAGACUGUCACAUCUUGGAGUGGAUUUUGAUUGGAAAAUUGCGUGUCUAUCGGAGCAAAGCAAUAAGAAACGCAUGCGGCUUACUGGAUAAAUCCGAUGAGACUACACAUAAUGCUCUCUACACUCUUUACACUCGCGACAUUCUAUACUCUCGCCUCUAGAUAAAUCCAUCUAUCCCUCCCACUCUAUAGGCAUUUUUCAAUCACU